AUGGUCCAGGAGAUGGUGAAGAUGUGGAGGCUCACAGCCAGAGACCUGGCCGCCCUCACACCAAUCAGGGAGCAGAAGACCGGCCAUCUGGACCAGGUACAGCAGUGCCUGUACCUGGCCCAGUGUAGGCACCGGCCUGUGGUGCAGCCCCCCUCGGAGACCACAGAGAAGUACGAGCAGCUGGCUGAACUCCUAGAGGCAUGUCUCCAAAUGGAAUCUGCCAACAGGUCCAGCUGCUCUGAGCUGCUCGGCCAGGAUUAUUUCACCUGGGAGCAUUUCCCUGACAGGUUCACCAAAGAGAUGGAGCUCAUGGUCCAGAGGGACUGUGAAUGCUGCGUGCCUCCUCAGACUGACAUCCAGACAGCUUCCAUUGGUGGUCAGGACCUGUCCCCCUCCAACUGGACCGGCUUGGUGGACUUAGAAGACGAGGCCAUCCACAGUGGAGAAGCUUCUUCAGACCCCUGGCCCUCAGAGUCCACAGAGCAGUAUGUGACGCUGAACAUCAGCCCAGGGCAGACCAGCUUCGACUGGGGAGACCCCAUGGAGCAGAGGAUGGACUCUGACAUGUUCCUGAGACCCCAAGCCCUUGGCACCACCUACCUGCCCCCCACUUCUACCGGGAAGAAGGUGAUCGCUGGGAUUGUGAAGUCCAUCUGGAAGCCGUGGGGCUACCUCUCUGGGCUGGACGAGGAUGAAGAGAGGAGCCCUGCGCCCCCCAGCGCAGCCCCCGAGACAGAGCCGACGACCCAGAACCAGGAGGAGAGGCAGGCAGAGGUGGGGUCGACCACAGCCAGCUCGGCGUCUCCAGGUGUGUUCUCCUGGGAGUCCUGGUUUGGCGUCACCUCAAAGGAGAAUUCUGAGACCAAAAACAAAUCCCCCAUUAGUCAGCCGUCCUCAGCCUCCACCGACCCAGCUCUGACUACCGAACGCCCCGACGACACCGAGGGGAACGCAGAGCAGACCCAGACACCCACCACCUCCAGCUCUACUGCUGAAACAGAGCCCGUCACCAGAGGGGGAGCCUGGGUCAUGGUGUCCUCCUCCUCCUCCUCCUCCUCCUCCUCCUCCUCCUCCUCCUCCUCCUCCUCCUCCUCCCAGGCAACGUCCUCCACCCAGCCAGGGGACCGGAGGACGGAGACGGCGACCUCCAAGGCCGGCAGAGGUCGUGGGAGGGGGAAGAAGAGGGGGGAGGACAGGGGGAGAGGAGGCGACAAGAGCAGAGGGGGAGAGGAGGAGGGGAGCGGAGAGGCGGCCGGCUCCGAGGCCAAAGGAGAGGUGCAGUUCACCCGUCGUCUGGCUGGAACCAGUAAGCCGAGGGAGAGGUCUAGAGAGAGGUCCAGAGAGAGGGGGCACCGGAGAGGGCAGACCACCACCACCACCACCACCACCACCAGCCCGACCGCUGCAACGAGUACUUCUCAGUCCGUGGAGAACGGGUCGGAGAGAAUGGACUCCGGAUCCAUGUCCCCAUCUGCUUUAUCGGCGUCCACCCAGGCGUCUUCGUCAUCCUCCUCCUCCUCUUCCUCCUCCACUGCACCCACAUCUCCCUCGUCGUCCCCGUCCUCAUCUUCAACCCUUCUGCCCACCGAGUCGGCGAGCCGCUACCCAGCUCCGUCCCUGGCUCCUGCGUCCCCGUCCGAACCCCCGUUCGGUUCCCCCACCUCCGCCCCGCCCUCACCCCAGUCCCCGUCCCGCUCCUUGCUGCCGUCCCUGUUUGAAUCCCUGUCGUCGUUCCUGACCCCGUCCCUGCCCCAAGCCUCUUCCGAGACCGAGGGGGGCGAGACAGGGGGGGCGCCCCCGGCGUCCCCAGACCCCCAGGACAGCUCCAGGGACAGCUCCACGUCUCCCCUCCACUGGGCCCCCCCGGGGCCGGGGUAUCCCCAGGGGGUGGAGCAGGGCUCCCUGUACUACCCGCCCCCCGUGGAGGAGGAGGAGCCCGCCUGGUCCCGCUCCCUGGGGUCCGGGGCCCUGCUACCUGGGAACAUGGAGGAGGACGUGGGCGGAGUCAACCUCACCAGCACCCCCACCGUCUCAGCAGGGGAGCAGCAGCCGUGCGUGACCAACCCCUGCCUCCACGGAGGGAGGUGCCUGCCUCAGGGCCGGGGCUACAGCUGCUACUGUCCACAAGGGUACACCGGGGAGAACUGUGAGAUCGAUGUGGACGAUUGCCAGUCAGACCCUUGCGAGAACGGAGGAACCUGCAUCGACAAAAUUGAUUCAUUCGUUUGCCUUUGUCUGCCGAGCUAUGAAGGGGAGAUGUGUGAGAAAGACAUCGAGGGCUGUGAGCACGGCUGGCAGAAGUUCCAUGGCCACUGCUACAGGUACUUCACCCACAGACACACCUGGGAGGACGCGGAGAAGGACUGCCGAGAGCACAGCGCUCACCUCAGCAGCGUCACCUCCUCCACCGAGCAGGACUUCAUCAACGGUCUGGGUCAUGACAAUGCCUGGAUCGGCCUGAACGACCGCACCGUCGAAGAAGACUUCCAGUGGACUGACAGCAACGACCUGGUGUACGAGAACUGGAGGGAGAGCCAGCCAGACAACUUCUUUGCAGGCGGGGAGGACUGCGUGGUGACCAUCGCCCAUGAGGACGGCAAGUGGAACGACGUGCCCUGCAACUACAACCUGCCCUACAUCUGCAAGAAGGGAACAGUGUUGUGUGGAGCUCCGCCUACGGUGGAGAACGCCCAUUUGAUUGGCCGCCGAAGGUCCCACUACGAUAUCCACUCAGUGGUGCGCUACCAGUGCUCUGAGGGCUUUUACCAGCGCCAUAUUCCCACCACUCGUUGCCGUGCCGACGGCGACUGGGAGCGUCCCAAGAUCAUCUGCACAAAGUCUCGAAGGUCCCACCGCUACAGACGCCACCACCGCCAGCACAGAGAGCGCCGCAGCCACCGACGGCACGGCGCGGAGGGACACAGAGCCCGAGAGGACGCCCACGACCACUACUGA